AUGAGCGACGGCAUCGCUCCUGGCGGCGCUUCUGCGCACAUGGAUGCCUCUACCAGCUCUACGGGCGAGGAUUCGGGCCUCGUCGACAAGUACGGCAUCCCCACCAGCAUCCAGCACGAGUGUCAGAAUGAGUUCACGGCUACGAAGGACACAACAGCGAUGUCGUGGCAGUCAUGUCUUCAACGACAAGCCAACUCGUCCAACGCAGCAUUGCACAUGCUUCGCGAGCACGAAGACCAUCCCUUCUCGCUGAAGGCAGCCAAAGCAAAACAAAAGGCAAAGAUGAAAAAAAUUCAAGCCCACGACGCUGCAGUCUCGACCGCCGAAUCCGCUGCCGCCAAACCAAAGAAACAGCGCACUAUUGAGGAGACCAUGAUUGUGAGUGACGACCAGAUUCGCAUUAUGGCCACGCGCUGGCUGUUGUCGUCGGGUCUCCCACAUACGACACUGGAAAAUGGAGAGCUACUCAAUUUAAUGCAGAUUUUCAAUCCUUCGUCGAUUUAG